AUGGCAAGCGCGGCUGGUGGCAGUAACUCUCCUCCCCCUUCAGGAAGCAAGCCACGUGGACGGCCCCCUGGUGCGAAAAACAAGGCUCCCCAAAACAUGCCUCUGCAAAACACGGCUCCGCAAGUAACAUCUCGAGUUCUUGAAAUCCCGCCCGGUAUGGACGUUGUUGCAUGGGUGAAUCAGUUCGCGCAGGCGAAUAACGUGUCUGUGAAUGUGCUCACUGGCUCCGGAAUGAUUUCACGGGUGGCUUAUGGACACCCGUCGUCGCCGAAUCCGAUAAUAGUUUCGGAGCCGCUCAACUUGGUUUAUAUUGCUGGGCUGGUGAAUCCUGCAGAGCCAGGUUUUCUCUCCUUCACGGCUACAAUGAGUCGGUUUAAUGGAAGUGUCAUUGGGGUGAGGCCUUUCCAGUUGGUUGCCAUGCACUCUGUGGUUUUGACUACGCUUGUUUCUCAAAACAUGCAGGUCAUUACCACAGAUUCACCGAUUCUUUAA